AUGAGGUUGGCGCCUGAAAGCAUAGCUGGGAAUAUACAUGAUGAGGUCUUGUUGGUGCCGGUAGCACCGCGAGUGAAGGCGGAUUGUAAGGCGAGCAAGCGGGGCUUGAACCCGGAUGCUUGCUUCUUGUACCGUAUUGUGGUAUCUAUCAUUGAACAAACUGACACAAAUUAG